GGCUUUUGGGCCGGUUUGAAAUCCACACGUGUUUUCUGUCUGAACCCGGCCCAGAACUUGCAAGCCAUUUCUCAGAUGCCGUUAGUGCCGUCCGUCACGUAUUUAACUGAAGACCGUCAGUUUAAUGUCAUGUUGAGGGUGCAAAAUAAACUGGGGUCAAAGUGCAGGGUGCAAAACGGAAAUCCCCGUCGCCGGAGCAAAAACUUGGUCGGGAACGGGUUCCGGUGGACCCGCCUAUAUAUAAGAAACGAUUCGGUUUUGCCGCUUCGUUUGAAUCAAAAUCAAAAGCUUCCUCUGUACUCUCUUCCUCUCUCUCUCUCUGAAAUCACCAGAAGAAGAAGAUGAGCUUCAAUUCGUUGACUCGCUCCGGUAACUCAGCCGAUACCUCGAAGCGGAGCCGCGGUAACUCGGCUGCAUCAAAUUCUUCGAACAACAGCCAAAGCAGCGGCGAUGGCGGUCAGAGGAGCAAGAAGAAGAAGGUGAACCAGAAAACCCUCGGCGUGGCAUGGGGAGCAAACUCCCGCUCCUCCUCCCGUUCCUCCUUCCGCAGUUCACCCUUCUCCGACUUCGGCAGUUACAUGGUUGUAAAGAACCGGAAACUUCAGGACCAGUUCGAAGCAGAAGCUGCGAGCUCUUCCCAUGGCGGUUCAAAUACUUUGAAGCCUAUAUUUCAUGGAGUCUCCAUCUUUGUCGAUGGUUUUACCAUUCCCUCCAGUCAGGAACUGAGAGGUUAUAUGUUGAAGUACGGAGGACGAUUUGAGAACUACUUUUCCAGGCACCAUGUCACUCAUAUCAUCUGCAGCAACCUUCCUGACAGUAAAGUCAAGAAUUUGAGAUCCUUCAGUGGCGGACUUCCAGUGGUGAAACCCCAGUGGAUCAUGGACUCUGUUGCUGCCAACAAACUAUUAAGCUGGGUUCCUUAUGAGCUCAACCAAGUCGCUAAUAAUCAACCAAAAUUGUCGUCGUUCUUUGCCCUUAAAAAUGCCUUGGUAUCUAAAGAUGCUUUGGGCAACCAAACUUCUAAUGUCGAUGAUAUUGCGGAAUCAUCUUUGGAUUGUGGGAUACUGAAGGAGGAGAAAUUCAUUAAAGAAGUUGAAACAAUAGAAGAGAGGAUGCAGAGUGAUGAAAGAUUUGAGGAUGAGAGUAAUGAAAGAUUUGAGGAUGAGAGUAGGGAUGAUGUGAUAAAGAAUGUAUCAGUUAAUUGCUGUGCGGAACCACUGGUGAGUUGUGGAACAGAGCCAACUGUCACGAAAGCAGAACAAAAGACAAUUUUCGGGGAAGAACUCCAAGAGAGUCCUGAUGAUCCCUGUACUUCUGCUAGCAGUCACCAUGUAAAUAGCACAAAUAUGAGAGAAUCAUCAAAUUUGGCAUUCAGAAGGCAGUCUCCCAAGAGCCAUUCAACUUUAGGAGAUCCUAACUUUGUGGAAAAUUAUUUCAAGUUUUCCAGGUUGCACUUUAUAGGAACAUGGAGAAAUAGGUACCGGAAGCGUUACCCUAGUACUCCAGAUGGGGUUAUGUCUACCAGUUCUAAGGAUAAAGCCUCUGAAGAUCCUGAAAAAACUUUUGUCAUUCAUAUUGAUAUGGACUGCUUCUUCGUCUCUGUGGUCAUCAGGGACCUUCCUGAGUUACAGGAUAAACCUGUAGCCAUAUGCCACUCAGACAACCCAAAAGGCACUGCUGAAAUUUCAUCUGCAAAUUACCCUGCUCGUGACUACGGAGUUAAGGCUGGGAUGUUUGUUAAAAAUGCCAAGGCACUCUGUCCGCAUCUUGCUAUUUUACCAUACAACUUUGAGGCUUAUGAAGAGGUUGCUGAUCAGUUUUAUGAUAUUCUGCAUAAGCGAUGCAAGAAAGUUCAGGCUGUAAGCUGUGAUGAAGCAUUUCUAGAUGUAACAGACUCUGAAGUGGACGAUCCUGAACUUUUGGCGACAGAAAUAAGAAAAGAGAUUUACGAGACCACGAGAUGUACGGCAAGUGCAGGGAUAGCUGGGAAUAUGCUGAUGGCCCGCCUAGCUACCAGAACAGCUAAGCCAAAUGGUCAAUGUUAUAUCUCCUUUGAAAGGGUGGAUGAUUAUUUGCACGAUCUUCCCAUUAAAGCUCUUCCAGGGAUAGGUCAUGUUUUGGAAGACAAGUUGAAGCAGCGUAAUAUUCGGACUUGUGGACAGUUGCGAAUGAUUUCAAAGGAGUCACUGCAAAGGGAUUUUGGUGUAAAAACUGGGGAAAUGCUGUGGAACUAUAGUAGAGGAGCAGAUAAUCGGGUGGUUGGAACCAUUCAGGAAAGCAAGUCUAUUGGUGCUGAAGUGAAUUGGGGUGUGAGGUUCAGGGAUUUGAAAGAUAGUAAACAAUUUCUUUCAAAUCUAUGUAAGGAGGUUUCCUUGCGCCUGCAGGGAUAUGGAGUGCAGGGACGCAAAUUCACUCUUAAGAUUAAGAAAAGAAGGAAAGAUGCUGAGGAGCCUGCAAAAUAUAUGGGCUGUGGAGACUGUGAAAACUUCAGUCACACUGUAACGGUUCCAGUCGCUACUGAUGAUGUCGAUGUGCUUCACAGGAUAACAACACAACUCUUUGGAUCCUUUCAUGUGGAUGUUAAGGAGAUACGUGGUGUCGGCUUGCAAGUCUCUAAGCUGAGUGCAGAUGCCACUAAACAAGUCAAUGAAAGAAACUUAUUGAAGACAUGGCUCACUUCUCGAAGAGAAAGCAACAUCAACAGCGAUCCCAAGGAGAGGACUCAUAUAGUGCUUUCAGGUUUACAGGGACGGACCUCUGAUGGAAGUUCUAUACAGUUAACUGGUGACUCGGCUGCUAAUUUAAUUGAAACAAACUGGUGCCCAGCAAUCAGUGAAGCUCAUUCAAACCAGUCCUUGGAACCACCACCUCUAUGCCAUCUAGAUUUGGGAGUUAUAGAGUCUCUUCCCCCAGAAAUUCUCUCUGAGUUAAAUGAAGCUUAUGGGGGAAAGCUAGCUACUCUUAUUUCUGAAAGUUACGGCAAAUCUGAGGAGAUAGGCAAUGACGAGACAGGUCAAUGUAGUACCGCAGAGGGAUCUCUUUCUUCUGAUGUGGGCCCUUCAAACAAAGUUCAAACAUAUAAUGAGAUGGAGCAGCCUCAGCUUCCAAUAGAGGGUAAUGUGCCAAUGGCUGUGCCAAGCUCUUCUAAUCUGGAAUCUUCUCGUCCAAGUAUCGGAAACACCGAUUUUAUGCCGUCAUCUCUGAGUCAAGUAGACCCCUUGGUGUUACAGCAAUUGCCAAAAGAGUUGAUAGAUGGCAUAGUUCAAUUGCUUCCUGCACACAGAGAAUGUGAUAUCUCGGCUGCUGAUCUCACUUUGUGUAAGAACAUGCCCGAGGACCAGAUCGUGAUGAGGAGUACCGAAAAUUUGGACUCAGUAGUAAUGGAUGGUGGACUUUGGAUCGGUAAUCCUCCAAACUGGAUUGCUGAAUUCGGAGCCAGCAAAAGCUCGAUCUUGAACAUGCUUGCUGAUUUAUAUAUCAGAUCAGGGCCUACUGGGAACUUGUCUGUGGUACUUCAACACUGUAUAUCUGAAGUAUCUGAGUAUACGGAUUCAGAAUUUGAUGGAGUGGAUGAUACUAUUCACUGCUUGUCCGAGCUUCUGAAGCAAUACAUCAAACAAAAGAUAGAAUCUGAUAUUGAAGAGAUUUAUAUUUGCUGUCGCAUUUUUAAGAGGCUAUCGGCUAAGUCAAAAUUAUUCCAACAAGUUUAUGAUGUUAUAUAUCCUUACCUUCAGGCAUCAGUGAAUGAAAAUUAUGGAGGGAACUUACAUGUCGAUUGAAGGAGUGACUAAUGCAUCAUUUGUCUGGUGAUCCAAUUCCCAUUGCGCAAGAAGUAUGCAUGGCAGAAUCUCGGUCUCCAAAUGUCAGUUGCCAGCAAAUUUGACUUCUGCUAUGUUCAUCAUGGCGGGAAGCUGAGGUCUUAUAACAUGACUGCUUCUGUGUCAAAUCCUCACAUCGCGGGGAUGCUAUUAUUAUUAAGAAGAUAAACCUUUUCAAUGGAGAUGGAAGGAAUCAAAGACCAAACACUUCGACCCAGUGCUGGUCCAGGGUUCGGGUCUCUGCUGCUGCGGAUUCACUUUAAUUGCUGGUAAAGUUCACAGGUACCAGUAUGACCCGUCACCCUUGUUGGGUUAUGAGCACGGAGUCUUCCUCAGCUUCAGCAGCAAGCCUUGGGGAACGCCGCAAUCAGUGUUGAUGCUAUAAAGCAAACCACCACUUCAGGUCCGCCAUGUAUCCAUUUCAUCAGUCUAGAUGGAGCAACUUCUCCCCCUGUUCGAGCUCAUCCUCAAAGACAAUUUCCCCGCGGCUACAUGUCGAUGUCGAGGAGAGGUGGAGAUCAAUGAGUUGUACGACCACUUUAUUGACCGACUUUCAGUUAAUAGUAUGGCCAUAUCCUUAUUUAAUUUUGAGGAUUUUCAUGCCUCGCCAUCAAUUAAUAGUUAUUUUCUGGUUUGAUGGUUGAAAUCGCGACCUUCGUUAAGGAGCGAAUACUUCUCUCUCUCCCAGUUUCCUGUUGGGAAAUUCUAUGGAUCGAAUCUUUUAUUUAUUAUCUAUGUUUACUAUUUAGGCAAAA